CUACAACACCACCACAAAAAAAAGCAGCAAGCCCCCUGUGUCUUAUAUACACUAGGGCUCCAAGCCCUGCCCCCUUUCUCCCUCCCAGAAGACAUUGCAGCCCCGGUCCCUACCUGAUAAAAGCAGGUGUGCUGGCUCCUCUCUGAAGGGUGCUGGGGGUAGGGGAGGUUUCCUUAGGGUGGAUUCAGGGUAUGGUGUAGCUAGAGAUUUCCAUCUUUGUUUGGUGCUGGGGUCUCUGCCAUGGCCCUAGCCCAGUCCCCGGGCCCUAGCCCUUCCCUCCAGCCUCAAGAUCUUCCCCGAGCCUCACACUUGCCUGCCUUAGAUGCCGUGAAUGCAGCAGAUGCCCAGGAGCUGCAGGUGCCACCGGCCCCAGAUGGAUCCGGCCACGCGUCCUGCGCCUCCACCCCCAGCGAGGACACGGUGCCCCCCAAGGCCAUGAUGCCCCUGCAGGCCUCCCCGACAGCCGACUCUGAUUGUACGCCCCACGGCACCAUGGACCCCGGCGUCCUGGCCUUCCUGCCAGCCAAGAAAGAGGACCGGCCGCAGCCCGAAGGCGCCAGCUGCGACGCCGCGGUCGGCAGCAGCGCGGCCGGCUUGACUGCCCUGACCGAGUGUGGCCAGGUCCUCCUGGAGACGGACCCCAAAAUGUGUCUGGCCCCCAAGGGCUUGCAGGAGGCGCUGGCCCUGGACAUGCCCGACACUCGGAUAGUGAUGGGCGAGGAGACGCGAUGCAGCAGCGAGGAGGAGGAGGCCGGUGCCGAGCUGCAGGGCUUGCUAAUGGGCGCCAAGGCCGAGGAGGUGGCCGCGGCCGGAGGGGAGUCGAGGGACCAGGAAGACCCCGGCUCGGAGGCGGCGGGGAAGCUCCCGCCCCAGGCGAUGCCGGCAGACUGUCCCUGCCCCGUACCAAAAGCCUCGGCUCACGGCCCCACGUGCGCCAGCCGGGAGACGGGAGAGCUCGGUGAGGAGCUUGCGGACGUGCCGCUUUCUCAGGGUGAAACCACGGCUGAUGUGCCUUCCCCGUCCCCCGCGCCUGCCAAAGACCCCCCUGACGAGGUGGCCGGAGCAGAGCUCCCGCAGGCCAAGCCCGCCGGCGGCCUGGACCCCGACCUCUACUUCACGGCCCCCUCCACGCCGAUCAAGACGGUGUUUUCCCACCUCAAGCACCACCCCUACGCCAGGGACAGCCUGAGCGAGGAGCAGAAUGACAUGGAGAACGAAGGGCUCUGCUCGCCGCCCACCUCCCCCUCGGGCUCCUACAUCACGGCCGAGGGGGGCAGCUGGGCUUCCUCGGGCACCUCCAGCACGUCCCCGUCGUGCUCCCCCAACUUGAUGGCUGAGUCGGAAGCCAUGGAGACCCCCGCGGUCUACGGGGAGUCGCUGGAGGAGCCGGCGAGGUUCCCCACGAGCUCCUGCCAGUCCCCCGAGGAGGAGCAGGAGGAAGAAGAAGAGGGGGACGUGACUUUUGAUAGACUUUCAUCUGGAAAUGCAGCUCCCCUCUCGCUGCCGGCCGAGGAGGAGGAAGCUGAUGGUCAAACCACCCCAGAAGAAGAAGAUGAGUGGGACUCUGAAACUGCUACCUCUGUCUCCCAGGUCCCCUCCAAACUGCAGCUGGAGAUGUCAGGCGAGCGGCUUGUGGCUGAAGAAAAAGCCUUUGACUUUCAGGGAGGAGAGCCUGGGCCCGAAAUGCUGCCCGUGAAAGUGGACAUCCUCACUUUGGGCCAAGAGGAUGCCAGGCCUGCCGCCAAAGAGCCCGCGGCAGGCGGCUGCUCGCCCCUGGCUUUCCCCGGGCUGCACUCGGAGUCCAGCUGCUCCUCCGAGGCGGAGACGCCCAGCAGCCUGCAGGCAGAGACCACGGCGUCCUCGGCCGAGCUGCCGUCGGACUUCACGGAGAGCACGGACAACGACCACAUGAUCCCUGCCGUGCUGCUGCCCUUCCGCGGCAGCCUCCUCUUCGAGGCGGAGUCGAUGGAGAUCACGCUCUUCCCGCAGGGCGAGGUGGCGGAGAACGAUGUGGUGUACGGCGUGGAGGACGACGACAGCACCUCGGCCUCCUUCCUGCACUCGCUCUCAGAGACCUCCAUCAACGAGGGCGUGGACGAGUCCUUCGCCUACCAGGACGACACGUCCCAGUCCUCGGACUCGGCCUCCUACAACGGCGAGGAGGACGAGAAGCUGUACAGCGCGGAGCAGUACGCCGUGGUGACCGACCCCACGCGGGAGCCCGGGAAGCCGGCUGCCCCGGAGGACUCGGAGAGGGGCUCUUCCCCAUCAGGCAGCGAGAGCGAGAUGGAGACCUCCUCCGACGCUUCGGACACCGAUGAGGAGCGCGUGGCCUUCUCGGCGCUGGACCUGGAGCCAAGCGGGCUGCACCCCGCGGCCAUAGAGCUGCAACUGGAGGGCGACGAGGUGGAAGGGCCGGCGAAGAGAGAGGGCGAGGGGGAGAGGCCGCCGUCAGUCCCCAGCAAGGACGUUCCUGAGUUGAUCACGGUGCUCGCACCCGUUGCUGAACCAAAAGCAGCCGAGGAGCCUUUGGAGACUGUGACCCCGUCUCCGAGACCAGCCAGUGCCAUGGGCCCGGAGGAGCCACCUCCGCAGACCAAGUCUGCAGACGGGGCGGACGACUCCCAGGCUGAAAUGGGUUCCUCUUCCGAGAGCUCCUUGGGACAACAGUCCUCGCUGUCCGACAUGCAAGAGGCCCUGGAGAAAGGGCUCCCCAGCGCCGGGGAGUGCCUGAUCGCCUGCUUCGACACGGACGAGGAGGCUGAGUCCUUCCCCGGCCUGGAGAGCGCGGAGCCGGGGGUCCAGCUGGCUCCGGCUGAGCCAUGGGAAGAAGAGGAGUCAGCGCCUGCUGCCGGGCAAGCCGGCGAUGCACCCACGGUUGACAUCGGUGCCAGGCUGAAGGAGUCUGAAGCCCGGCUGCUGGAGCUCCUGGACCAAGACAGCACCUCCCCGGCAGGCACGAGGCAGUCGCCGGAGCCUGGCAAGGAUGAAGGUCCUCUCCAGGCCCUGCUGGGAGCCUCUGAGGCGGCGGUCUUGGAGCAGCCCGAAGUGUCCCGAGCUGACCACGAGCCAACGGGCGACAGCUCAGCUGCCUUCUCCUCCUCUGAGGAGCUGGAGGAGGCCUCAUCUCUAGACCAGGUCAACAACAACGAGGAACGUGGGGAGCUGUUCUCGCCAGCCGAGCUGGAUUCCCAGCCGCCUCUCGUGCCGGAUGCCACGCAGCCCCACAUGACCCCCAGCAGCCAGGGAGACCCCGUGGCUGUGCUUGAGUCGACUUUCCCUCCCGGGGAGCUGGCGGAGACCCCAGCCUUGGACCUCCACGCAAUGCAGAAGGGGCUGCAGGAGCUGCAGAGGCAGCUGGAGAGCGGCGACGCUUUCCUGCGGCCGCUCGGGAGUGGGCUGCCACGCCUGAGCUCAGAGCAGGAGAUCGAGAAGUACGUGAGGAGCUACUUCAGCACGGCCCAAUUCUCCCCGGCUGCCUCAAAUGGCACCGAACCAGCACCGAGUCAAGAAGCCGUGGACCCGGAGCAGGAUCAGGAUGCCCCCACCUUGCUUGGGCUGUGCUCGGAGGCGGGAGAGACCAAAGAUGCCACCUCGAGAGAACCUCCCCUCCCCGCCUUGCCCGGUGACCAGGCACCUGAUGCCAACGGCAGCCUGGACCUCGGGCCAAGCGAAGAAGAGGAGCAGACAGUGGGAGCGGAUGAGGUGUCUGAACCUUGUGUAGGACCAAAGCAUAGCGCCUCGCCGGCCCCUGCAGUGGAAGAGCUCCACCCGGCGGAGGGCGAGUCCGUGGACGUGACUGAGCUGGAAGUGGUGGAUGUGGGGGCUGGCCAUGAUCUGGCAGCCAGCUCUGGCUCCUCUGCCUCGGGAAGUGAGGAAAGCAGCCAGACGGACUCGGUUUCUGCAGAGGUUUGCCCCCCGGCGCCUGGAGACCCAUGUCCCAUGGAUGACUCCUCCACCCCAGCCACCCAGGGGCAAGCACUACAGAUGCCAGACACUGGCAGCCUAGAGAUGGACAUCCCCGACACCAGGGAUGGCACCAUGAGCCCGCCAGGAGCCCUUGGUGAGCAUGAGCCCAGCACCGAAGACGACCUAUCGCUGUCGGACCAAGACCUGUCUCUCUCCAUGAGCUCAAAUGAAGCCCUCAAAGGGGUGCCAGAGCAGGUGGAGACCCCAGAGAGAGGAGCUGUGGCUGGGCCUGGAGACCUCCCCGACGGAGAGAGAUCUCUGCCCCAGGAGCUGGCUGAGGACAGCUCCCAGCUCCCGGAGCCUCUGGAAGAGGAGGUUGCUCCAGAUACGGAGCCAGGGCAGGAGGAGAGCGAGAGUCUCAGUAAUGCCCCAGAGGAUGAAGAGCUGUGCUCAGAAGCCGCCUCUGAAGGGGUCUGCCUCACUGACGAGGAGCGGGAGGGCAAGGCUGUGCCCCCAGAGAUGCCCUGGGAGGCUUUGGAAGGAGAUGCAGCAUCGGAGGGGGGCUCCUCGGCCUUCAGCGACGACCUGCCCAGCGAGGACUCCCUGGAAGGUGGGCAGAGCCCGAGCCCCACAGCUCCCCACAUCGGGGCAGGCGAAGCGCCCGCCCCGGGCAGCCCACAGGAAGAGUCGGAUGUGACGGCAUCCUCCAAGGAGUCAUCCCCAGAGCCCCUGGACACGUCUCAGUCCUGCGCCCACACGGACUCCAGCUUCUUCACUGCCCCCGAGGAGAGCGCCGGGGACAGCGCGGGUGAGAACACCUUGCUGGCCCAUGAGGCGCCGGCCCUGUGGCACGAGGAGACGCUGCUCGCCGAUGCCUCCCUCCCAGCGGUGCUGGAACCGGAGCACGCACAAGGCAGCACGGCCUCUCCCCAGCGCUGCCGCAGCCCGUCGGAGGAGCCCAGCCCCUCUCCUGAGCCCUGUCUGGCCGUCAGCUUGCACUACUCCUCCCUCCCACCGGCCCCGCAUGCCGCAGGCAUGGAGCACGUCUGGCUGAGAGCCUCCGCCCCAGCACCUGGCGAGCCCCCGCUGCCACUGCUGUUCACGGCUUCGGAGCGGGAGAUCUACCUAGGGGAGCAGCCCCUCGCGGACACCGGAGCCCCCAGCCCAGAGCAUCCCGGGAUGAUGGAGGUGGAGGAAGAUGUCGUGGAGGUGGAAGCCGGACCCCGCCCCCUCAGUGCCUUGCUGCAGGACCCGGCCGUGCUGGCGGCCUCCCGGAGGCUGGAGGAGCAGGAGCAGAUCAGCAGCAUGCUGCAGGGCUCCUUCGGGGACCUGAGGGCUUCGCCGCGGAGACCCGGACCCCCCUUGGCCGAGAGCAGCCCGCUGGUGACAGAGGCACAGGGGGUCCUCGCCAGCCUGAAGCAGGAGGUUUUCGAGAGCUCUUCUGGCAGCUCCACCCCUGUCUCCCUGGAGGCUGCUGAAACCCAGGAAGAGGUAUUGGAGGCCACGGGCCCUUAUCACGCCCUGGAGAGUGCGACCAUGGAGGAUGCAGCUGCUGCCCAAGUCCCCGAGGAGAGCAUCCCAACCCACGAGGAGCUGGAGACUGUUCCUGAAGCUCUGCCCGAACCCCUGGAGUCUGCUGAGGAAGCAGCUGGCGGCGAGAUGGUGAUGGCACUGGAAGAGCAGCCUGUGGAGGAAGACUCCUCGCUGCCCAGCGAGGCCCCCUCGGAGGAUGAAGCGACUCAGGAGACCUCGCACGAGGCCCAGGAGGAGUCGGCAGAGCUGGAGGAAGAGGAGAUGGAGAGCAGGAAGGGUCUGGAGGAGGCCGAGGGAGCCCAGGCCCCCCCUGAGCCUGCCCCGGCAGAGCAGCUGCUCGUGGAAGACCAGGAAGCCCAGCAGAGUCAAAGGCCCUCGGAUGCAGUCACACACCUGGGAGAAGAGGAGAAGCCCCCGAGCCCCGAUGCACCCAGCCCGACGCCGCUGGACCUCUCCGCAGAGCCCGCGGCCGACUCUCAGCCGCCCCGGUCUCCAUCGCCGGAGCCUUGCCCGAGCCCUGCUGCAGCCCCCGGGGCCGAAGCGGAGGAAGCAAUGGAGGAGGCAGCAGCAGCUGAGUCUGCCCCAGAGCCUUGCCCCAGCCUAGCACCUGCCCCCCUGCAGCCGAGCAGGCUGGAGCCCGCGGCACCUGAGCCUCAUGCCGUGGAGGCGCAGGAGCCCUGUUCCCCACCGCCGGCCGCUCCCCUCCUGCCAGCCCAGCUGGUCUCUCCGGAGCCAGAGCCAUGCCCCGGCCCGGCCCGGCCUGCCUCGCCCGGAGCCACCGGACAGGAGCCUCCUGGUCCUCCGUGCUCCCAACUCAUCCAAGUGCCUCCCGCCCUCCCGUCUUCGCCGCCUUGCUCCAACGAGCGUCUGCAGGGCCCGCGGGACACCUCGGGGCUCCCCAUGGCCAAAGCCGGCUUGGCCGCGCGGGACAACCAGCCUGCACCGCUGGACUCCAGGAAGCGCUUGGAAGUGCUCGAGAACCUGGUGCCGCCAGUCCCAGCCAAGGACAAGCUGCCCAGCAGCAAGGAUCCCCGUGGCAGGCGCCCGGUCCCGGGCAGCAAGGAGCCCCGGGGCAAGGAGGUGGCGCCGGCAGAGGAGAGGCGCGCUCCCCGCAGUGCUGCACCCUCCGAGUCGAGCUCGUCCAGCGAGGGGGAGCUGCCCUACCGCUGCCCCGAGAUCGAGAGCCUGCGCGAGGCGGCCGGCAUAGCGAUGCUGGAGGACAAGAAGCCGCUGGCAGUGCCCAGGGGCCGCGAAGCCAACCACAAAGGGUCCUGCAAUGACUCGGAGAGCAACGAGGAGUCCAUCCCCGAGCUGGAGGAGCCGGACAUCUCGGAGCCCCGGACGGUGCAGACUCAGGCCCAGCUCACGCACUCAAUGGGCACCGGGGAGGAGACCAUCAGCAAAGCCAAGCAGAGCCGCAGCGAGAAGAAAGCCCGGAAGGCCAUGUCCAAGCUGGGGCUGCGGCAGAUCCACGGCGUCACCCGCAUCACCAUCCGCAAGUCCAAGAACAUCCUCUUCGUCAUCACCAAGCCCGACGUGUUCAAGAGCCCUGCCUCCGACAUCUACAUCGUCUUCGGGGAGGCCAAGAUCGAGGACCUGUCGCAGCAAGUGCACAAGGCGGCGGCUGAAAAGUUCAAGGUGCCCAUGGAGCACUCGCCUCUGAUCACGGAGACGGCCCCUACCCUCACCAUCAAGGAGGAGAGCGAGGAAGAGGAGGAGGUGGAUGAGACGGGGCUGGAGGUGCGGGACAUCGAGCUGGUGAUGGCCCAGGCCAAUGUGUCGCGACCCAAGGCCGUGCGGGCGCUGAGACACAACAACAAUGACAUCGUCAACGCCAUCAUGGAGCUGACGAUGUAGCGGCGGUGGCGCCGCGCCCUGUAUAGCUGCACAGUUCCUCCUCCUCGUCCUCCGCGAGCCGCCCCCGCUGCUCCAGAGCCGCACGCGCUGCCCGGUCCGGUCCGGCCGCCUCUGCCCUGCUGCUCAAUAAACGGCCUCGUGUAUCACUCCAACGCA